GUCCGGCUUUCCCGUCGUCUUCGUUCCUCUUGGUCUUUUCCCUUCGUCUGGCCGCGGCUCGGCCUGCUCUUGUCCUUGGGCCCUCUGCCUGCUGACCCCUUUGCUCCCGGUCUCUCGUCUGCACCCCGGCUUCUGCCCUUGGCCUCGCCUUAUGUGCAAAUGCUGAAGGAUCGGCUCUCCUGGGUCGUCUUCCCUCUGCUCGCCCGGCUUGGCUUGCUGGCCAUGGCCCAGCCCGCCCCCCAGCCUUCGCCCUCAAGCAUCCCUCGCUCCGACGGCUGUUUCUCCCUCGCCUCCAGUGCCGUGUGCUCACAGUGGGCUGCCUAUGACGUCAGCCAGGCCGAUGCCUCCAGGAUGGUCCAGUCCUUCGGGCCCAACGACACCGUCGUCGUGACCAGCACAGGCGUCCUGGACCAGGCCUUCCAGCAAAUCGCCCAGUAUCCAAGCGCCUACGACACCGAUCUACUCUGCCUCCCGGUAAGCUUCUGCAACUCACGGCUGGCAGGGCAACAGACACAACCGCGUGGUUGUGCUGUUGGCCGGGGAGCACCCACCUCCCUUUCGACUUUGGGCCUGCUCUCCUGCCACAGCCGAUCGGCAAUCCACAUCCACCGCCCCGGUUGCGCUUGCAGCUUUCGUGCUGGACCAACCGGCCUCCCAAGAACUCGACCUGGAGAUACUCGGCCAGCAGCCUCUGCAGCAUCCUCGUUGGCAUCUCCCAAUGCAACCAACAGUCCAAUGCCCCUCCUCGCGCCACCCUCUGUCAGUCGACCUUCAAUUCGUUCUGGUCGUCCUUCAACACCUCUUGUCCGUACUACUCCAGCGUUGGGGACUGGAUCCAAAAUUCCUACUACGCGACUGCCUCUCAGUAUGUCAGUUCGUCAAACAGCACCUGCAUCCGCGGCACCGAUCAAGACGUAAAGCUCUGCGGCUUCCCGACGCAUGAUCUCUUUGCAGCCUUUUGUGCACGCAGCCCAUCCGAGUCCUGUUGUCUGGCAGCAGCUUCCCCCACUGUCUCGCCUUCGUCGCUGCCUGUCGUCUCCAGCCCCGUUGAGCCACAGGCUCCCCCGCCUCAACCUCAGUACCUGAUCCCGCUUGCGGUCGUCGGUGCCCUCUUCGUUGUCGUCUGCGCCGUCGUUAUCUUUGUCAG